AUGGAUGCCAUCAAGAAGAAGAUGCAGAUGCUCAAGCUCGACAAGGAGAACGCCUUGGACAGAGCUGAGCAGGCCGAGUCAGACAAGAAGGCAGCUGAGGACAGGAGCAAACAGGUCGGCAUCCAGUGUGAAACCCACCAGUGCGCUUUUACGCACCGGUGCCAGUGACUCAAUGCACCUAGCGCUGCGUGUCCAGAGUCCUGUGACAACAAAAUAAUAUGUUUUUAUUAAAUAUGAAGAAGAUAAGAUGAACUUUUUUUUUCUUUUCUUUUUUUUUUUACUUUUUGGAUUUGGCAACUAUAAGAUCAAUUGCAGCCUCAUUCGUGUGUCUUGAGGAUUAAUUCAUAUUAGCUAAAGCUUCCUUAACCUGCAAUAUUAGAAAAGAAAAUCGUAUUUGUAAAAAUGUAGCCUAAUCAAAUCUGUACUGUGUCAAGAACACCUCAUUACAACUAAUCAUUGGAGAUCUUUUCCAGGCAUGAAGUGUCCUUCUUAAUGUUGUACAUGUGUCUACUGUGUUACUUGUCCUCUGCAUGCCAGUAAAUGUCCUCUUGUCUUAUGUGCCCUAGCUUGAGGAUGACUUGGUGGCACUGCAGAAGAAGCUGAAGGCAACUGAGGAUGAGUUGGACAAGUACUCUGAAGCCCUGAAGGAUGCCCAGGAGAAACUGGAGCUGGCUGAGAAGAAAGCCACAGACGUGAGUUUGGCUUAAGUUCAAGAAAGGCCCCCAGUGAGGCCCCCAGUGCCUUAUGGUCUGACCUUGAAGCACCCCUUGGGUACCCUUAGGAAACUAAGAUUACAAGCCCCCAUGUAUAUUACCUCUAAUGAUUAAAUUAUGUGGUAAUCAAUUAUGGGAGACUUAGGGGCUAAAUUAGGGUGAAGAAAAUAUGGAUGGUUAAAUUUAGCUCUUGUGCUGUAUAUGGUAAGGUCACAGCUUACUGGCUUACCAGUGCAUUCCACAGCCAUUUGGACAAAUCUGAGGACCAGUGUAGAGUUUCAGUGGGGCAUUUUACAAGCAUAUUUUGGCCUGUUGAAUCCUUGAUAGAUUUGUAGCUGUACUGGCUUCAGUUGGCAUUCCUCAGUUAUGUCCAGCCCUGAUUGAAUUUCCAUUUUAUUUAUUGGGUUAUUGUUAUAAACACCAAAACAGCUGCUAGUAUUUUGACAUAAUUUUAAAAAUAAGAUAAAAUCUUAAUUCAUUUAAUGAUAAAAAAGUUUUAAUGAUUUAUUUGCAAAUCAAGGGAUUCGAUGCACAACAGACAAAAGAACUGGAUUAUUCCAAAGGCUAGAAUGUCAAUACAUCAUAAAUUUAUACAUAAAUAACAGUUCACACAAAUACACAACUUAACAUAGUAUAAUAGUAGUGAAAUGCUCCUGUCACCUGCCCAGUCAAGGAAAUAUCAAAAGUACUGAAACUCUGAAGGGUUAGGUAAAAUUUCAAUUGUGAAAUUUAAAGUAAUAAAACGAGGUGAAGUAAGUACAACGUAGCCCUUUAAUGCCUGACACCACAAAUUAUGGCCAGAAAAUCCUAAUUUUGGGGGGGCUGAAAUGUUUAUUUCACUUACUACUGAAAAACAAAAAAAAUCAUAGUGGCCAUAAAAUUGAACAAAUAUAUUUAUUUAUCUCGCUUGAUACAUUAGAUGUUUUGGAAAGUGAUUAACUAUAAUAGGACAUUUUUAUCAUCUAUCAGACUGUAUUCAGAUGUUUUUUUAGUAAUUUGUUGAUCAUAUUGAUUUGAUAGAAGUAUAAAAAAGUAUGUAUCAAAAAAAAUCUGGAUUAUUCCAAAGGCUGGAACAUCAACACAUCAUAAGUUUACACAUAAAUAACAUUUAACACACAUACACAACUUUACAUAGUAUAAUAGCAGUGAAAUGCUUUUGUCAUCUGCCCAGUCAAUAUCAAAAAUACAGAAACUCUGAAGGGUUAGGUAACAUUUUAAUUCUGAAAUUUUAAGUAGAAAAAGAAGAAGGUGAGGUAAGUAUCACUUACUGUGAGUCCUUAAUACUUUGUUAUGCCACUAGCCUAUAAAACAGAUAAAAAGGGGGACUUGGUUGAAGUGAACUGCUCAGUGAAUUUCUAAAUUUGUACAGGAAAUCUCCAAAAACGCAGUGCUGGUAAAUUGUAAGAGAAACAAACAAAAAGUUAUUACACUUGAAGCUGGAAAAAAGUCAAGAGGAUUACACUCGCCAACGUAAACUAAUACACUAUGUGUACAUGAAUACUAACAUGUUUCUGCUGCUUUAGCUCCUGACUGACUCAGCGCCUGAAGUCUGGUCUGUGAUUUAUAGGGUUGGCUCAAUUUACCAGUAGGGGAUGCGCUCAAAAACGGUUCAUUGAUAAAGUAGUAUAACAACUGACAAAAACUACAAUAUAUGAUAGAGAAUUAAUUUAAGAGACAAGAAAAAUAACCACACAAUUUAUAUGUAUUUUUAAAUGACUCGAUAAAUUAAAUUACUUGCGUGUUAGCUCAGGUACUUCCGGGUUUGGUGGCACGUCCCAAUCCUCAUCAGCGCUUGAUUAAGGGUGGUGGGGGCAGGGAUCAAACGCACCGCAUCUCCAAGUGUGUGCAUGUGUGUGUGUGUGUGUGUGUCUGCGGAGAGGGCAGCCUGCACAGAGCUGGAGGAAGAAACUAGCUUAGCUGAAACAAUAAAGCGCUAAAAAUGGCCGGUGGGAGCUCCCUGGAAGCUGUGAAGAAGAAAAUCAAGUCGCUGCAGGAGCAGGCCGAUGUUGCGGAGGACCGGGCGGCGUUACUCCAGCGGGAACUGAACCAGGAGAGGAGCGCGAGGGAAGCCGUAAGCCGCUGCUAAUUAUUUAAGGCAAUUAGUGCCCAGACUGUCGACGGUAUUAGGCGCAAAUCUGGUCAAAAAGCGUGUCUGUUAGGCCUAGACAGAGAUGGUUUAUGGCAUAAUACAGUCAAGUUGUAGGUAGACGUCUGUGAAAUUAGCCCACUGCAGGAUGGGACUGAACGGUUAAUGAAUGGAUGAAUGGAUGAAAGGACACCACCCGGCACGUCCAGAAUAAACAAACAGCCAAGUAACAAGUCAGGCUAACACUGCAGCAGCAGCACCAUAGGACCCGUGAGGAAACUCCUGCUUGCUGAUAGCACUCAAAACCUGCCUAAAUAGUUGAGUAGCCACGUUGGAGCUAAUGUAUCAGAGACAACUAAGUAGCCGUGAGUCAGGAAAUAGGAGGACUGAGUGAAAAAAUAGGGGGAAAUGUGAGUGAAUCGGUGCAGCAUCGUCUUUCUACUAUACCAUACAUAAAUAAGACUUGAACAAAUCUUGAUAGGUGAAAUCCUACAUCCUUGAGCUUGCACAUAAGAUGUGUGUAUCAGAGCUUGCAUCCCUCCUUAGGGCGUGUUCCUGACCAAGCCCAGGCUCUCCUUGCAAAGCAUGGGAUGGGUCCUGAUGCACAGUUCAUGGUCUAAGUUCCUUGAUCUAGAGUUUGUUCAAUUCUUUAUGAUUGUUGUUUUGUGUCCCCCUAGGCUGAGGGUGAUGUAGCUUCCCUGAACAGACGUAUCCAGCUGGUUGAGGAGGAGUUGGACCGUGCUCAGGAGCGUCUGGCCACAGCCCUGACCAAGCUGGAGGAGGCUGAGAAGGCUGCUGAUGAGAGUGAGAGGUGGGUAUCCUGUACUCAAGGAAAACAGACUCGACUCUCCCAGUAAAACCUACAAAGGAUAUCAGCUUUGUAUAUUGGUUUCCCAUCACCUCUUCAUGUUAUUUUGGUGGAAAAUUUGAUGAAAAAUGGGGCGGUAGCAGGGUAAGAUUUUUCUUCCAAGUUAAAAAAAAAACAGCAAAUGAUAGUGUCCCAUGAUGUCUCAACUUUCCAGAGUGUGGUGGUUAUUCUGGCAUCCACUAACUUGAGGGCAAAAGGCAAAUUGAAACUACUUGAAUGCUCAUACUUGUAGCAUUUGAUGGGAACUUAAAAAUAUGUCUUUUGGUAACUGAAUUAAACAGCACACUCACCACCCUAUAUUUUAGUUUACAUAGUUUUUAAACACAGAAAAGUCUCUAUUUUUAUAUAAGACUGAUAUCUUCUCAGUUGCCUAUAGGUAAAUGAUAAAACCUUAAACCUGUUGUUUAUGUUGUCCUUGGCGCUUACCCUGCUUCCAUACAAUUUUCUGUCCCUCAGAGGCAUGAAGGUUAUUGAGAACAGGGCGAUGAAGGAUGAGGAGAAGAUGGAGCUGCAGGAGAUCCAGUUGAAGGAAGCCAAACACAUUGCAGAGGAGGCUGACCGCAAAUACGAGGAGGCGAGUUUCUCAGCUGUUCACAGCUCUCUGCGGCUUUCCCAGCUGUUGCAUUCCCACUUUCUUUUACUUUGAUGCAUUAGCUGACUCUGAUGAUCACCUCCUGUUUGAUCAGUGAGACUAAACUCUGUAUGUUGUGACUGCAGGUGGCCCGUAAGCUGGUCAUCAUUGAGAGCGACUUGGAACGUACAGAAGAGCGUGCUGAGCUGUCUGAGAGGUAACGACCACUUUUCCUUUCCCUCCCCUUCUAACUUUGUUCCAAGUUCAAACUGAAAACAAACUCUCUGAAUAAUUGGAUUGUUUUUUUGUGGUUGUCUGUCGUAUCUUUUGCCAUAAAACAACAGCAAGUGCUCAGAGCUUGAGGAGGAGCUGAAAACCGUACAGAACAACCUGAAGUCCCUGGAGGCUCAGGCAGAGAAGGUAAGACCACCUCAGAUAUAUAAACAGUGAAGUAUCCAUAGCAUUGGUCUUUUAAGAUCUAUUUAAAUUGUCUUGUGUACCGUAUUGUCUUGUAUGUAUCUUUUAACUCUGACCUUUGUAUGCAACCACAGUACUCACAGAAGGAGGACAAGUACGAGGAGGAGAUCAAGGUUCUCACAGACAAGCUGAAGGAGGUGGGUCUGCUGAAAUCUCAAACAUUUUGCUUGUCCAUCCUCUGAUUUGUUUAAUUGGGUGAUAUACAUGCUGACUCAUCAGUUCCUAGAAUGCUGAUAUGAUGUUUUUCUCCAUUAGCAGUAAUGCUUAGUUUUCUUUUCGAAGCACUAAAAGCUUUAAGUGUCCCACUGGGCCACGGUUAGUAAUGUAAACCUUUUAAUAUGUGUUGCUAAUGUUUAACUGUAUUCCCCCCUCAGGCUGAGACUCGUGCUGAGUUUGCUGAGAGAUCAGUCGCCAAGCUGGAGAAGACCAUUGAUGACCUUGAGGGUAUGAAUCUUUUCCGCUUGAUUUUUAGACUCUGGCUGAAGUUAUUUUCGUAUUUUCCACAAAAUUUGCAGCUAUUUGUUCAGUCAACACAGGGAAAGUAGCAUUUCUUUUCAUAGUUUCUUUAUAGUUUCUCUCUGGGUUUCUCUACGUUCUCAUAAGAGUCAGAAAUGUACCUCUUCUGUAAAAAUAGGUGCAGUGUGAGGUUACUUUUCUGGACGGCAAGGUGUUAAGUUGUUCUCAGGACAAAUAUCUGCCCCGUCAGUCGUCUAUAGGUGGGAAAAAAUAAAGCUGUGAUCCACAGAGGUUGGCGUGAUAUUACUCAUGUUGGCAGCAACAUUUCUCACCACUGUGGCGUUUGGCAUUCUACUGUAAGUGACCGUUCAAGGCCAGCAAGUCCCAAGCAGUGCUGGUGGGUCACGGAACAUGUGAGGCAGUUUCUCAGUGACUCCUCAGGAAUCUGACACAACAUCAGCAGCUGUUCCCUGGCACUUCCUAUUUCUGUCCUGCCUUUUUUUUCAGUUUCUCCACUUCGCUUCUGUUCUCUGACCCUGUCUCGUUUCUGUUGUCUUCUUAUUUUAUGUCAAACCCUCCACUUCACCGUAAUUAUCACACAAUAGAUGAGCUGUAUGCCCAGAAACUGAAGUACAAGGCCAUCAGCGAGGAGCUGGACCACGCCCUCAACGACAUGACCUCCAUGUAAUUCUCCCCGUGCUUGUUCAUGCCCUCUGCCUUAGAUCCCCAAACUCCCUUUUAACCAUUGUUACAACUCCCAACAGCUCCCUCUUGUGGCAUGUUUGAGUGCAGUGAAGUUGACUCAGUUUAAUUCUAGAUGAGGAUUUUUUUUUAAAGAUCCUGCUCUAACAUUGAGUCUAACAUUGAGGUGUUUUGUGUGUGUGUGUGUGUGUGUGUGUGUGUGUGUGUGUGUGUGUGUGUGUGUGUGUGUGUGUGUGUGUGUGUGUGUGUGUGUGUGUGUGUGUGUGACAACUUUCCAAGGCUAGAACCUCCUACAUAUUGACAAAUUGAUUACUAACAGCAUUCAGUAGUCGUGUUUGUUUAUCCUCAGAUUCUCCCAGAACUCAUUGCUUCAUAAGUUUAACUUAAACUUCUCUUGUUCAGUUCUGCAUCCCCUUUUCCUUCAUCUUUUUAUUUUUGCAUGUUAUUUGUCUACAAUUCUUUUAUUUUCAUCUUCCAACACUUUUGUUCUUCUGCUUUCUCCCCCACAGCUAAAUGUUUUCACUCUUCACCUCAGAAGCUGGUUGAGUGUCAUCUCUCUCUCCUGUGCAGCACAGCCCAACUUUCUGUCUCCUCUGUCUCUCUCUGUGUUUCUUUACUUCUGCACAUUGGGCCGUGGCUGCUGCCAUUCAUUUCUUCAUCUCCUACACAGACCUUUGAGCCAUUUUGCUUUCUGUAAAAUAAACAUUCUACCAUCUACGACAGCCCGUCCCCCUUUUUCCUGACAUGUUUCUUUAUUUUUGUUUGUCCUUUCUUUCAUUUUGUGACUUUUUUUUUCUCUUUGUGUUUAACAUGCUCAAUUUGUUUUGUUGAGUAGCUUUUGAAUAAACUCCAAAGCUCCUCGUUCAUUCACUCCUUCUGUUUCUAUUUGAGAGGACAGUUAUUUGUUACUGGUAUCACUUAGCUUUCAUUAAUGCUUGUAGUAGAAACAGUCUUAAAGUUUCUUCUCUUGUAGGAUUUUGGGAGAUUGUAGUUUCUGAAAAUGACUUCUUUGUUUUUACCACAUUAGUUCUGCUAAUUGUAAACUAUAUUAAUAUCUUCAGCUUACUUCUGUAGCAAAAACAAAUCGACUGCAUCAUGAGGACUUUAAAAUACUGACUCAAAGUUACAAAUAGUUAUUUUGUUUUAAAGGAAGUUAUUUCAUGAUAUACCUCCAGGUUGAUAUGAUCAAAAGGGCUUCUUGUUUCUCUGUAGUUAAAAAAAAUAGUCCAAUAAAAAUUGUUGUUGCCCCAGGUAACAAGGACAACAUUUUAACUUUUAGUUCAAAACACAUCAAGUAAUUUUUUGCCUUUUUGUGGAUUUGUUAAUCAAACCUUAAUGCUCCUGUGAGGAACUUUUGGUUUGUGUCCAUUUUGGCACAACCCUAUGGACAAAGCAGUCUUUGCUUAGCUUGUCCUCUACAUGCUUUGGUAGUGUAUUUUAACAAAAAAAAAAACAACCUCACCCAGCUGACUUGACAGCCCAGUGUAUCCUUCUGUGUAAAAACUGUAUGUGGUCAUUUGAAAAACACGGCUGUUUCUUCAGCUGCUCGGCUGAAACUGCCCCCUCAUUGACUUUAGCCAAAUUAGGAUAUAAAACUGUCAGUGUCGUUGCUAAUGGUGUUGUUUGCUUUUGGAUAUUUUGAAAAGGCAUCAAUAUGAAUUUUCAUUUGUUUACAUCAUUUACACCACUGUUUACAUGUUAACAUCAAAAAAUCCUCAUAAGAGCCUUUGAGGUAAACUGAUUCAGAAUAGUUUGAAAGGUCUUCUCUUGUAUGUUGAUCAGGUGGGUUGUAUUUCCUGCAGCCUAAAUACAAAAAGCACUUGUUUGUUGAGCUCCCAGUCCUUACUAACCCUGUAUCUUUUUUACUAACCUGCCUUCUUUCUAUUUCCUCUUUUCUCUUACCUGCUUUCUGACUGUCAAGACCAUCUAUACAAGCAGCUUGAGAAAAACCGUCUCCUCUCCAAUGAACUGAGAGUUGCCUUAAAUGAGGCUUAA